CUCGCCCUGGCCGGGUUGCAACAUCCCACGGAGGAGCUGCCAUGGCUGGGCGAGGAGGGGACACCUUUGAGUCAAAGGUCCCUCCGUGAAAAUCCAAAUCUUUUCUUCUGGCCCUUAUGAGAAGGGGAGAAAAAUACAACCCCUAAGGCAGCUGAUGGCACUUUUGGGUGCAGGUUCCGGAGCGGUUUGGGGCGGAUCGAGUGCAGGUGCCUGCUGAAGAGGCGGAUCUGCAGCCCCCCCGUUUGCCCAACCCCGGCGUUUGCCCCCUGGAUAAUGCUGAAGUUAGGGAAUUAACCCUAAAACCAGCACCAGUAAUAAAAGAUGCUGCUCGAUCUGUUAGAAAUUCACUGAUACACCAGUGAACACCUACUGCAUGGCAUUGCCUUGUUACCAGGCACCUUUCUGAAGUGUGUGGCAUGUCAGAGCUCCAUGCAGCUGUGGCUUCAGGGGACUAUGACCUGGUGGAAGAGAUUUUGAGGACAGGGCGCUGUGACCCAAACCAGAAGGAUGUUGACUGGCAUGACAGGACCCCACUGCACUGGGCUGCUGCAAUAGGGCAAUCAGACAUGGUCAAGCUCCUGGUGGAUCACGGCGCCCGGCAUUGCCUGCGGAGCGAGGUGGGAAGGACUCCGGCUCACUUGGCUGCUGAGUCGGGGAGACUGGGGGUGCUCCGCACCCUCCAUUCCCUGCACGCUGCCAUGGAUGUGCCCGACCUUUUUGGUGACACUCCCAAGAGGCUGGCGGAAAUCUACGGUCACCGAGACUGCUCCAGGUUCUUAGAAAUAGCGGAGGUGGAGAGCAGAAACUAUCAAAGGACAGCUGCAAUGAAAGGAAUCCCCUUAGACUGGAGAGAUGAAGACUGGGAACUCAAGAAAGAAGAGCUUAAGGGAAAUCCGCCAUGUUGUCAGGAGAGCUGCACAUCCUCCACUCAAAAGAAAAAAAAAUUAAAAAAAGGAGGAAACAGCAGUGUGCCCUGACUAGUUGGUGCCAGUGAGAAGUUGCAAUGCAGAGCAGAGACACUGGCAGAUCUCGGGUGCAUCUGCAGGGGGAAUUACGGGCGACCAAGAGAAGCACACGGACACAAGGGUGCAUUUUGUGGUGUCCUGUAAAUAUUGUCAUUAAUAGGGAGCAGGUAGAUGUGCUUCUGUCUGUCUGCAUGUCCAUAUGUAUCAGAUCUCAAGUGUCAGAAAACUGCAGAUGUUGUUUAAUCUAAUAAUCUAAUCUACUGAAAUGCAUACAUUUACAGAAAAGACAGCAGUUACCCAUAUUGUCUGAGAGGGAGAUGGUUUUGCUCCUAACUGAUUCA